CUGGUUCCGGCUGCGCGCGCAGCGUUGGUGGCGGCGGCGGCGCUAUCGGCCGGGCUGUAACCGUCGUCCGUCCAGGAGCGGCUGGAGCGGCAGCGGCGGCCGGGCACGGCGCGAGGCGACGCCACAGGGCAGCGGUGGCAGCGGGGGCAGCGGGGGCAGCGGCGGCAGCAGGAGACGCAGCGGCGGCCGCAGCAGCAGCAGCAAGACGGACUCGUGGAGACGCGCCGCCGCCGCCGCCGGGCCGGGCCGGGUGUCGCGCGCCGAGGCUGGGGGGGAGUCGUCGCCGCCGCCGCCACCGCUACCGCCGCCGCCGCCGCCGCCGAGGUGACUGAGGAGAGAGGCGCCUCCUCGCUCCCGCCGCCGCCGGACUUCAAUGCCCAGUCCCCAGCUCGCCAGCGUUUUUCGUUGGAGUAUACGUUGCACAUUUAUGGCGAUUCUGAGUGUGAGGGCAGAUUUCUGCCAGGCUCAGCACAGCGUUUUCGCUGACAAGUGAGCUUGGAGGUUCUAUGUGCCAUAAUUAACAUUGCCUUGAAGACUCCUGGACACCGAGACUGGCCUCAGAAAUAGUUGGCUUUUUUUUUUUUUUUUUUUUUAAUUGCAAGCAUAUUUCUUUUAAUGACUCCAGUAAAAUUAAGCAUCAAGUAAACAAAAGUGGAAAGUGACCUACACUUUUAACUUGUCUCACUAGUGCCUAAAUGUAGUAAAGGCUGCUUAAGUUUUGUAUGUAGUUGGAUUUUUUGGAGUCCGAAGGUAUCCAUCUGCAGAAAUUGAGGCCCAAGUUGAAUUUGGAUUCAAGUGGAUUCUAAAUACUUUUGCUUAUCUUGAAGAGAGAAGCUUCAUAAGGAAUAAACAAGUUGAAUAGAGAAAACAGUGAUUGAUAAUAGGCAUUUUAGUGGUCUUUUUAAUGUUUUCUGCUGUGAAACAUUUCAAGAUUUAUUGAUUUUUUUUUUCCACUUUCCCCAUCACACUCACACGCACGCUAACACUUUUUAUUUGCCAUAAUGAACCGUCCAGCCCCUGUGGAGAUCUCCUAUGAGAACAUGCGUUUUCUGAUAACUCACAACCCUACCAAUGCUACUCUCAACAAGUUCACAGAGGAACUUAAGAAGUAUGGAGUGACGACUUUGGUUCGAGUUUGUGAUGCUACAUAUGAUAAAGCUCCAGUUGAAAAAGAAGGAAUCCACGUUCUAGAUUGGCCAUUUGAUGAUGGAGCUCCACCCCCUAAUCAGAUAGUAGAUGAUUGGUUAAACCUGUUAAAAACCAAAUUUCGUGAAGAGCCAGGUUGCUGUGUUGCAGUGCAUUGUGUUGCGGGAUUGGGAAGGGCACCUGUGCUGGUUGCACUAGCUUUGAUUGAAUGUGGAAUGAAGUACGAAGAUGCAGUUCAGUUUAUAAGACAAAAAAGAAGGGGAGCAUUCAAUUCCAAGCAGCUGCUUUACUUGGAGAAAUACCGACCUAAGAUGCGAUUACGCUUCAGAGAUACCAAUGGGCAUUGCUGUGUUCAGUAGAAAGAAAUGUAAACUAAGGCUGACUUGAUUGUGGCAUUUAGAGGGAACUCUUGGUACCUGGAAAUGUGAAUUUGGAAUCUUACCUGUGUCAUCAAAGUAGUGUUGGAUUCAGUACUCCUCAACCACUCUCCUAAUGAUUGGAACAAAAGCAAACAAGAAAUCUCUCUAUAAAAUGAAUAAAAUGUUUAAGAAAAGAGAAAAGGAAUUAAUUCAGUGAAGGAUGAUUUUGCUCCUAGUUUUGGAAUUUGAAUUUCUGCCAGGAUUGAAUUAUUUUGAAAUCUCCUGUCUUUUUAAACUUUUUCAAAAUAGGUUUUUGAGGAAAACCAGCAGAACAUUAGCCUGUGCAGAACCAUCUGUUUGGGGAGCACACUCUUCCAUUAUGCUUGGCACAUAGAUCUCCCUGUGGUGGGAUUUUUUUCCCUUUUUUUGGGGGGGAGGGGUGGUGGUAUAUUUUUUCUCUCUUUUCUCCUUCCUCUCCUACACCUCCCUUUUUCCCCUGAUCCAAGUUGUAGAUGGAAUAGAAGCCCUUGUUGCUGUAGAUGUGUGUGCAGUCUGGCAGCCUUAAGCCCACCUGGGCACUUUUAGAUAGAUAAAACGCCAAAAAAUAAAAAAAAUAAAAAUAAAAAUAAAAACAAAGGCAGUGAGAUACAUAUGUAUAUGAUCCAGGUGGUUUUUAGUCUUUACUGAUGAAAGCGUGUUCAUGUUAGUUUUUUUUCCUCAAAACCCUAUCUAAUACUAAGCAAAGUAGCCAAGAGCCUUUUGUUUUGUUUUUAUUUUCAAUAAAUUAGUGGGGAAAUGGCAUUUUAAGAGGAGUCUCUUCUCAAAGAACUUAGCUGAGAGUCGAAUUCUUCUCUUCCCUAACCAGUGAAGCUAAGUGAAUAUCCCUGAAACUUGUCUUCUAAAAGGGAGGCCUGCAGGCCAUCAGUAAAGAUGUGUCCAGGCUGUAGGCUGUAGCAUUACUCUGAUUUUGUUAGUAUCAGGGAAUGCUGGUAGCUUAAAAUUGUUAUUUUAGGACUUGUACUGAAUUUUCAGGAACAAAGGAGUAGCAGCAAAUUCACAUAUUUUCGACAUGAGAAAUGCUUGUGGUGGGUAUUUUCCAAACUGCCCCCAAAUAUAAAGUUCAGUGUAACCAUUGAUUGCCUUGUUAUUACUGGGUUCUUUUGAGAUUUAAAAAGAAAAAAAAUCCUUGGUUUAAAACCAACAAUGAUGCCUAGUAAGUAUGUGUCCACAGGCCAUAACAGGGUAGAAGAGAGACAUCAGGCAACCCAAUGAGUAGCAAAGGGACUGUGUUGCUUAUGAAGCAGUGUGGUAGCAUUUCUGCAGAUUCUUUGCUGGGUUUAAAGUGCUGAUCUAGAAAUCUAAAAAAGCUGUUUUUCUGUCCUUUUUGGAAGGCAGUUAAGAUCAGGCUGCAUGGACAAAGAAGGUAGAGUGGUACCAUCAGGGGAUCUUGCACGGUUUUCACCUCUAAAUAUUACAUACUCAGUAGUGCCCUGCUUCUAAGGCUGUGAAUACAGGCUUAAAGUCAUCUUGUCCUGCUGGAAUUUGCUGUGCAGAGCCAUAAGCUUCCCAUUUUGCUAGCGUCAGCUAGGCCAGUAGGAACAGACCAGGACCUUGUCUCACACUGAUGAUACCUCAAAUGUUGGCCGGCUAUGUGAACUGCCCAUUUCCUAUUGCUGGAGUUUUGAUUUUUAACUAAAUGCAAAUCUGUAGAUUCUCUCCUCUCCCAUCCUAGAAAACAAAACAAAAUAAUGCUUUUUGAAAUUGUUUCUAGGAUUUUAAAGUAAAAAAUAAUGGUAUAUCCAAAAUUCUUUAUUUCAGAACACAACAAUAGAUUCCACUAAUGUAGACUCAAGAUCAAAACAGCAUACCUGCUCAGCUAAGAUAGACAGUGUUGACUUCAAGAGUUUUGAUCAAUACCAUAACCUUUUCCCUUUGACAUACUCUGAAUUUUGUUGUUUGGGGGGAGAGAGAGAGAGAGAGACAGAGAGAGAGAGUGAGUGUGUGUGUGUGUGUGUGUGUGUGUGUGUGUGUGUUUGGGGGAGUGUGCGUGUGUGUGUGUAUGUGCAUGCACAGUGUCCAUCAGUAUCAGUGCCUGCCUGAGUUGGGAAUAUUACAUCCCUGGGUCUGUAUUGAGAAGGAUGUAUAAAACAACAUGAAACAUUAGCCCUCAUUUUGUUUUAAAGACUAAUGUUAAUUGUUCUUAAAACUGGAUUUUUUUUUCUUAAAGCAAUUUUUUUCUUUUGGACUUAAUGAAGUAUUGCUAGCUGAAGCCAGUUUGACAUAGAGAGAUGUCAGAUUGAUUUGAAAGGUGUGCAGCCUGAUUUAAAACCAAACCCUGAACCCUUUUAAAGAACAAUAAAACAUAUUUUACACGCUC